CCGUGUGCCGCCGUCGCUGCUUCGGCCGCGCUGUCCCUGCGGCUCUGGAGCUGCGCUGCCGGCGUUGGCGGCGCGAGGGAAGGGAGGGGACCGGCGGGGCUUGUGUGCGCUCGCGAGGGGCGCCGCGGUGCCAGCAGUUCCCCUCGCGCGGGGCGGGCGGCCAGGGUGAGCAGCAGUCGGCGAGGCCUUGGACGGCGCCAUGUCGGCGGGCGGCCCAUGCCCGGCGGGAGCCGGCGGCGGCCCAGGGGGCGCCUCCUGCCCUGUGGGGGUCUCCCCUGGCGGGGUGUCCAUGUUCCGGUGGCUGGAGGUGCUGGAGAAGGAGUUCGACAAGGCCUUCGUGGAUGUGGAUCUGCUUCUGGGGGAGAUCGAUCCCGACCAGGCGGACAUCACUUACGAGGGGCGGCAGAAGAUGACCAGCCUUAGCUCCUGCUUUGCGCAGCUUUGCCACAAAGCCCAGACUGUGUCCCAGAUCAACCACAAGCUAGAGGCACAGCUGGUCGAUCUGCGAUCUGAACUGACAGAGACUCAGGCAGAGAAAGUGGUGCUGGAGAAAGAAGUCCAUGAUCAGCUCCUACAGUUGCACUCCACACAGCUUCAGCUUCAUGCCAAAACCGGUCAAAGUGUUGACUCUGGCACCAUUAAGGCAAAACUGUCUGUCCCCUCUGUGGAGGAGCUGGAAAGAGAGCUUGAAGCAAAUAAAACAGAAAAAGUCAAAGAAGCUCAACUUGAAGCUGAGGUGAAGCUGCUAAGGAAGGAAAACGAGGCCCUCCGAAGGCACAUAGCUGUUCUCCAGGCCGAAGUCUAUGGGGCGAGACUGGCUGCCAAGUACUUGGAUAAGGAGCUGGCGGGCAGGGUCCAACAAAUCCAGUUACUAGGACGAGAUAUGAAGGGACCUGCUCACGAUAAGCUCUGGAACCAGUUAGAAGCAGAAAUACAUUUGCAUCGCCACAAAACCGUCAUCAGGGCCUGCAGAGGACGCAAUGACUUGAAGCGACCCAUGCAAGCUCCCCCAGGCCACGAUCAAGACUCUUUGAAGAAAAGCCAGGGAGUUGGUCCAAUUCGAAAAGUCCUCCUCCUUAAGGAAGAUCAUGAAGGCCUCGGCAUUUCAAUUACAGGUGGGAAGGAACACGGUGUUCCCAUUCUCAUCUCCGAGAUCCACCCAGGACAGCCCGCUGACAGAUGUGGAGGGCUCCAUGUUGGAGAUGCUAUUCUGGCAGUGAAUGGAGUUAACCUGCGGGACACAAAGCAUAAAGAAGCUGUAACCAUCCUUUCCCAGCAGAGAGGGGAGAUUGAAUUUGAAGUAGUUUACGUGGCCCCUGAAGUGGAUUCUGACGAUGAGAAUGUGGAGUAUGAAGACGAGAGUGGGCACCGCUACCGUUUGUAUCUUGAUGAGUUGGAAGGAGGCGGUAACCCUGGUGCUAGCUGCAAAGACAGCAGUGGCGAAGUCAAAGUGUUGCAAGGGUAUAAGAAGACAGUGAGUGACACACAUGAGAAUGGGGACAUGGGGGCUUCGGGUGAAAGCCCUCUGGAUGACAGCACCGCAAGAGGAGCUGAUCUGCACAGCCUGCAUCAUAAAAAGGCUUACUAAUCCAUCCCCAGACGUUCGUCAGACUCUUGGAAUUUGGGGCACUAGGGAAGAUGGUACAAAGAUUGCACAAGAUCAAGGGAGGCUGUGUGUUGCCUAAAGACAGGCGGGAACCUCAGGGCUUCGUGUGAACAAUUCUAAGUGCAUAAACCCCUAUUUUCUGUGGUAGACCUUAAUUAGCUAUUGCAUGGAAGGCAAUUUUCCUGGACUCUAAGCACCAAAGCAUGUGUUUCCCGAGGAGUAUUACUAGGUUCUCCAGGGCCAACUGGAUGCUAGUUCAUGGCUCCUUUUCAUAUGUAACAGAACAAUGCUAACUGGAUUUUCUAAGUACCCUUUGAAUACAGCAGAGUAGAAGAACCCAUAACACAUAUUCCCUAAGGAUAAACUAGAAUUUCAGAUGACAGAGCUCGACUCAGUGAAUUACGCACAUUUUUGCUUAACUGAAAAAUUUCUUUCAGGUUUUUAAAAAAGGUGUGUUGUACAUUCCUGAUAUCUAAAUUAAUCCUUCAUGAUCAUUUGUUAUAACGAGUUUGCUUUCCAGUUUAUUCAUCUGCAGUACCAAAUAGUUUUCUUUAGGCAAUCCUGUAUCAAUCAAUCAAUGCUGUACUAGAAAUAGUUUCUGAGAAGUUACUGUGCAUUUUACUUUGGGGUUUAAAGGAAACUCAGACGAGUGUAAAAUACCUGUUGUCAAUUAUGUUGAUCUGUGUGCAUGGCACUGGAGCACUACACUAUUAGUGUUUAGUCUCAAAUGUUUAUACAUUUUGAGUUGUUCAUAAGCUUUGUCUUGUGAUAGUCAGGACACAUUACUGUUGUGAAUUACAUUGUGUUCAAACUGCAGUUUGCUUUCAGUACCUGACUUGCCAAUCAUUAAAAAAAAAAAAAAAAAAAAAGAACAGGAACCAAGGUGAGCAAGACAAGGUAAAGACAUUUUGGUACAGUGACCAUAUUGGUUUUCAUAUCAGUAUAUGUUUGAUUAAAGCAAUACUUAUAUGCAAACCCUGUAAUGUAUUAGUUCUCCUGUAUCAGAACUAAGCAGAGAGUGCCUCCUCCUUCCUUCCUGACCCACAGACCAUUGCACCUUGCUGGGCAAAGUCAAAUACUGUCUUUGAAGAGGUGGUGAAUUUUGCUAUGUCUCUGUCUUAAAGAAUUUACACCUAAGGGAAUAGUAAGUGGGAAAAGCCUCCAUAUAAGGCUUUUAGGAUAUUAUCAUUAUCUCCUUUCUUGGGAUGCUUGUUUUUCCCAGAUGCAUUAUAUAUUUGUUCAAAGUUAAAUCUAUAAGAUGUAUAUACUUUAUUUUGUGAUUUUGCUAUUUAUAAAUUUAGUUCGUAACUGUUGCUCAUUUAUGGUCUGUGUGGGUGGUUUCAUUCUUCAGAGUAUCACCAUGGUAACUGGUCACUAGACGUGCACUUGGUCUGUAUAUUGUUACUGAUGCUGAGCUACUUUGUAGUGUAACAUUGCCUGUAAGCAAGGUUAGUAUUUUAAUUACAAAUGAAUAAAAAAGUUUCACAUUAUCAUUUGCUCCUGACAGACUAGACCUCUUAAAAGAAAGACUGUUUGUCCCUCAUGUAUUCCUUCCAUGCCAAACACAUACCCCACUGCAUGACUUGAGAUCUUCAAAGUAGGUGGUAGCCAGUGUAUUCAGUUAGCUUAAGAAAAAAUAUCCAUGGUAACAGAUCUAAAGACAUUUUUGCAAUGACAUGAAACCAUGUUGUUCCUAUAUUCUUUCAACAUACAUUGCCUGGGAAUGACCAUGGCCUUUUUAUUUUCCCCAAAGAAUAUGCCUUAUAUGUAUGACUGAAUCUUUAGGAAAUGUAAGCUAUAAUCCUUUGGGUUUUUUUCAAGAGCUGCACAAUAAAUGGAUACGAUUUUUAGAAACUGGAUGGGCAUGUUUGUGCAUUGCCUGUGAGAAUGUGAGAGAUGCUUACAGCAUGUGGUUAGACAGAGUGCUUUGUGUCUCUGCAGGCCAGUAUCCUUUGCUUCUCUGCUUCUCCGUGGUUUGGAAACCCAAGGCUGCAGUGACUUGAACACUGCUGUACGCACCCUGGUACUUUCCCAGGUCUGCUUGGGGGUUCACUUUAGACUAUGUGGUCAUUAGGGAUGAACUGAGUAUUUAAUUAAACCUUUCCCAAAGCACUACCUGAAAAGUAGUUUUUAUAUUUCACAUUAAUAGGAAAGAUGUCCAUAUAACACUGAAGCUUCUUGGACAAAGCCAAAAAGUGGGUGGUAAAGCCUUACGUGAAAGCGUGAAAGAAGGGGGAAGUGGUCAGUAGGAUAUGAGGUGUGUGUGCAGAUAUGUUCACCUUAACGUGUGAACUUGUCUUCGGCAGCUCUCUGUUCUGAACAUGAUGGAAAUGCCACAUUUGGCUUAGGGAUUAUUGUUGAACUAAAUUUAAGAGAUGAAGCCUGUUGAUUAGAAUCGAACAAUUACAAGCUAACUCAACCUGUCCAUGGUGCUGGAAUAUUCCCCACAGCAGUGGGCUUACGUUGUUUUCACAUUUUAAAACAAAUAUAUAUUGGGUCACAUGUAAAGUGAUUUAUGAUAAAUGUAUUAUAUCUAGUUAAGUUGAGCAUCAUCCUUAAUUAGCCUGUAAAUAAAAAUGUCUUCUUCUACAUUAAAGUGGUAUUGAUCAGA